CGCACCGCAACGCAUCGCGCAUGCACUUGCUCGGCAUCGGCACGCACUACGCGCUCAUACCGACCCUAGUACGAAUAGGCUCCUUUUCGGGUCCUCGUCGGAACAUAGUGAUCUUGUGUGGAAACUGUAAUAUAUCCGUCUAGUGGCCGUCCGGGAUGUGUCGGACGUUGGUGGUGUUCGCGGGCUGCGGGCGCUGCUGAUGGCGGUGGCAGGCGCGCGGCCCGGCAGGAUGCUGGCUGAGGAGGGCCGCACGAGGGCCACGGACUUCUCCAUCGCGGCCAUCAUGGCGCGCAGUGCUGCGGAGCCCCGGAGCCCGGGCGCGAGCUCGCCCACUCACAACGGUGUGUCGUCGCGACAGAGCUCGCCGGCGUCGUUGAGCUCUGCGGCGUCCAGUUGCCGCAGCCCAGCGCCUGACGAAGACGUUGAGGUAGACGUGGAGCAGUGCUCAGACGGCGAGCGAGAUGCCUCCGACCACGCCGUGCCUUCGCCGGCGCCGUCCUCAGAGUUGGGUGAGAGAGACACGCCGUCUCCGGCACGACCAUUACCAGCCAUUUCCUGCAAUUGCGAGGAGCUGCUGACUGUGGACUGUCAGCUCGAAACCAAGGAGCUGUGGGAUAAGUUCCACGACCUCGGCACCGAGAUGAUUAUCACCAAGACUGGCAGACGUAUGUUCCCGACAGUGCGUGUGUCAUUUGCGGGCUGCCGCGCGGAGGCGCGCUACGCCGUGCUACUAGACGUGGUACCGGUGGAUGGCAAGCGCUACCGCUACGCAUACCACCGCUCCUCAUGGCUGGUGGCCGGCAAAGCGGACCCGCCCGCGCCGGCGCGCCUUUACCCGCACCCCGACUCGCCCUUCGCCGGCGACCAGCUGCGCAAGCAGGUCGUAUCCUUCGAGAAGGUCAAGCUCACCAACAACGAAAUGGACAAAAACGGACAGAUCGUAUUGAACUCAAUGCAUCGUUACCAGCCUCGCAUCCACUUGGUGAAGGUGCGAGAGGGCGGAGGACCUAUCACGGACCUGUCCCGCGAGCAGCACAGAACUUUCGUGUUCCCAGAGACGGUGUUCACCGCCGUUACCGCUUACCAGAACCAGCUUAUCACCAAACUCAAGAUAGACUCCAAUCCGUUCGCCAAAGGGUUCAGAGAUUCCUCUCGGCUCACCGAUUUCGACAGAGACCCAAUGGAGCUGAUGCUGAUGGAGCAGCAGCUGCUGCGUUCUCCGUUGCGGCUGUACUCAGGGCCGGGGACAGGCAGCGCCGCUGAGGAAGAGGAGAAGCGGGCGGCCUGGGCGCGCACGCCGCCCGCUUUGCAGCUGCUCGCGCUUGGCGGCCGCGCCUGGCCCGCCUGGCCGCAGCCUCUCGCCCUGCCCCCCGACCUCUGGAUGCAGAAACCCCCCGCCCCGCUCAGGUACUGCCCCUACCCGCCCCCCACGCACCCACGACCAGACCACUCGCCUUCACCACGACAUCCUCUGUGA